GUUAGACGAACCAAUUCGACAAGCAGUUCGUCAUGUUCAGUCGAUUCAAGAACCUCGUCAGCGCUGUUAGUGCUCCUACAGCACGUUCGACGGAUCAAGGGUUCCAGGUUUUGAAGGUCAAUCCUGACAGCACUGCUGAUCAAGCCGGCAUCGAGGCUUAUUUUGACUUUAUCGUUGGGCUGAAUGGCGAGCCAAUUAAUGAGUACACUCUUCAGACACUUCAGUCCACCCGCGGUACAACGCUUUCUGUCGAUGUCCUUUCAAUCAAGGGAGGAAUCACUCGGACAGUUACCUUGACAGCAUCAUAUUCCGCAUCAGCCGCCCUUGGUAUGAGUCUACAAUGGUGCACGAACAUUCAGGCUGUUGCAGACAGUGUCUUCCACAUCUUGGAGGUCAAGGAAGGUUCGCCGGCACACAACGCUGGCCUGGAGCCGUUUGGUGACUACAUUCUGGGCUUCGCCGGAGACAACAUAGGCGCAAUUAAUGGCGAGGCAGCACUGGGCGAUUUGAUUGGGUCUUAUCUGAACCUACCAUUACCACUAUACAUCUACAACCACUACCUCAAUAUCACACGACAAGUGAAUAUCAUCCCAUCACGGAAUUGGGGUGGGCCUGGCGCACUUGGAGCAGGCAUUGGAACCGGUAUUCUGCACCGUAUCCCAGCGCCCUUGAAGACUGGGGAACGGAUGCAGGCGCCAGGUGAGACGUUGUUCGAUGGCGCACAAACAGAAGAGCCAGGAGAGUUCCUCACACCUGCAGAUAUGGCGGUUGCAGGAUCAACCGCUGAUGGAAUGUUCUCACCACCGCCAAUCGCCGAUGAUCCCGGGUUCGAGGCUUUGCCGAUGCAAACACCACCGCCGCCAAGACGAACUGGAAGGCCGCCAACUGGCGGAAGGGUAGCUAGUGGAUUGGACGAUUAUUUCAAGGAGCAGGAGCAGAAGAGCAAGGAAUUAGACGUUGGCGGUGUAAGAACACCCGUUCCAGGAGAUUUACCCCCGCCGCCAAAGGCGCACUCUACGGCAGUCGCCGUUUCCGCUCCGGCCAAAGUCCUUCUUGCAGGUGGUUACCUUGUGCUAGACCCCGCCUUUUCCGGCUUCGUUCUCGGUCUCUCUGCACGCAUCUACGCCGUUGUUCGUGCUAGGGAUAGUGCUGUCUUAUCCCACCGGUCCGUGAUCACUGUCACUUCACCGCAAUUCCAGGAAGCACGAUGGGGGUAUACUGCGAAGCGAUUAGACGCGGAAGGGAUCACUGUUGAGCCAGCAUCGACGGGAUCAACGAAUCCGUAUGUCCAUCUCGCGUUGGUAUACGUCCUAACGUACCUUGCGCCGCUAUCUCUUCCGUCGGAGCUUGACAUCACCAUCUUGGCUGCCAAUGACUUUUACUCUCAACGCGACUCACUCGCGCCCGGGCAGGCGAUCACCACGACACAUCUAGAAUCACUCCCUCGAUUCAACAAACUUCCUUGCAAUAUUACCGAGGCGCACAAAACUGGUCUCGGAUCAUCCGCUGCCUUGAUCACUUCUCUGACCGGAGCGUUAUUGGCGUUCUUUGGAAGAGAUGUUACAGAUGUGGAAGGGAAAAGACUGGCACAUAAUCUGGCGCAGGCGUCGCAUUGUGCUGCACAGGGGAAGAUUGGGUCCGGUUUCGAUGUCGCUUCUGCUGCUUUUGGAUCUUGUGUUUACACUCGAUUCGCGCCUUCCGUCUUGUCUGCCAUCCCCGAACCCGCCUCGAGCGACUUUUACACGCAGUUGAACAAGGUGGUGGAGGCGGAGUGGGAAAUGAAAGCCGAGUCUUUUGAGAUGCCGCGUGGGUUGCGGGUGAUCAUGGGUGAUGUGGAUGCUGGCUCUGCGACGCCGGGAAUGGUGAAGAACGUGUUGAAGUGGAAGAGCGAGGGUAGAGAAGCAGCACAGAAGGUGUGGAGCGAACUCGGUGAAAAGAACAUGGAGAUUGUGGCACUGCUGAGGAGCCUGAAGAAAGCUAGUGAGGAGAGCCCAGACUAUGAUGAGGAGAUCAGGGCGUUUGGAGGGAAGAAGAUUGGUGAGAUCCUUGAGACAGACAGCACCGUCGGUGGACCGCUGCGUGCACUCUACCAUAAGUUCCUCGAGGUGCGGACGCUUCUUCGGUUGAUUGGCGAACAGUCAUCCACAGCCAUUGAACCUGAAACACAAACUGCCCUUCUUGACCUCUGUAUCGAUGUACCAGGUGUUGUGGGAGCCGGUGUUCCAGGAGCCGGUGGUUACGAUGCCAUCUUCUGCUUGGUGAUUGAGAGUGGUGAUGCUAUCGAAAACGUACGAAAAGUCUGGGGAGUGUGGGAUAAAGCUAAGGUCGGACCGCUGCUUGCGAGGGAGGAGAAAGAGGGAUUGAGGCUGGAGGACGCCGGAGCGUUACUGACUGAAGCAUAAGACAAGAAGGUUAGAAAUGCUAGAUAAGUGAAAGAUCCAGUAGACCUGUC